UUAAACGAACUAUUAAACUAUUUGUGUAUAAUUUAAUAUUAUUUUAUUGGUGUUUUAUGUCUUUAUGUUUGAAUCAAAAUCUGGGUAAAAACUUAAAAUGUCAUUUCGCAAGAACAUAACCUCAAAAAAGAAAAACUGCGUUAUAUUUAUUUUUGCUCUAUAACAAUUAAACACUUUACAUUCAGCACCUAAUUGAACCGCCAUUGGAAAGAAAACCGCCAUGGACAUUUGCAAAACGUUGUGGCAUUGCGAUAAGAAAAACACUUUAUCUGAUGUUAUUUGAUGCCCCAAGAAGUAAUAACAGAUGGGACGACGAAAUAUAAAAAGGUGAAUCUGUACAAUUUAAAAUCAGCCCCUGAAGUGAUAAUAACCAAUGGGCAAGAUGAAGCGGCCCCGACGAAUUCGAAGUGUACCUUUUGGGAUUGUUUUAAUAUCUAUAAAUGUGGAAUGACUGGUCAUGAUAGAAUCACGGUUUACGUGUAUCCUUUGAAGAAAUAUACCGAUGAGAAAGGAAUUCCUGUUACUGAAACAAUGUCGAAAGAGUACUUUACAAUACUUGAAACUAUAGUUGAGUCAAAAUAUUACACUGCUAAUCCUUAUGAGGCUUGUUUAUUCGUUCCUGCUAUUGAUACUUUAAGCCAGGAGAGAUUAAGAGUUAAUUUAACAUCGAAAGUUUUAGCCACAUUACCACAUUGGGGAAAUGGGGUAAAUCACCUCAUUUUUAAUAUGUUAGCUGGAGUUUUUCCUGAUUUUUCAACUACUCUCGAGAUUAAUACUGGAAAAGCUUUAAUUGCAGGAGCUGAUUUUGAUAGUUACACCUUUCGAUAUGGCUUUGAUGUCUCUUUACCAGUAUUUAGCCCUUUUGCUAAAUUGGGGGAAAUCAAAAAUGUUCACAAUCAAAGGGACUGGUUAGUUCUUUCAACUCAAAUCUCGAUUGAUCCAUAUUUCGCUCAAGAACUUCAAGAUCUUCAACUACUCCAUUCCAACGACCUUCUCAUUUUAGACGAAUGCAGAGAAGACAAAAAUUAUACUCGCCGUUGCGACGUUGAAACUCAACACAAAUAUCGUUACCCACAAAUUUUACAAAAAAGCAAAUUUUGUUUGGUUUUUCGUGGAGAACGAAUGGGACAAUUAGUGCUUUUAGAAGCGAUGGCUGCGGGUUGUGUUCCUGUUAUAGUCGAAGACGGAGUUGUGAUGCCUUUUCAUAACGUAAUUGAUUGGAAACGGGCCGCCGUUUUUAUAAUGGAGGAACAUAUUCGGGGGUUAAUGGAUGUUUUGGCGAAUAUUUCCGAGGAGAGGCGAUUGAGAAUGCGGAAACAAGUUCUUUUUUUGUAUCGGAGUUAUUUUAAGGGGAUUAAAGAGAUUGUUGGGACCGUUUUGAAUGUGAUUCAAGACCGGGUUUAUCCCCAAUGGGGGCGAGUUUAUGACGAUUGGAAUAUGUCACCUGAAGAGAAGUUAACGAAUCCUUUGUUUUUGCCGAUAACAGCGCCGAGGAAUGAAGGAUUUACCGCGGUUAUUUUGACUUAUGAUCGAGUUCAAAGUUUGUUUGUGCUCAUUGAGAAGUUGGCUAAAGUUCCUAGUUUGAUGAAGGUUAUCGUUGUUUGGAAUAAUCAAAGGAAAUCUCCACCAUCUUUGUCAUCAUUCCCCCAAAUACAAAAACCGCUGAAAAUCAUUCAAACGCGAGCGAAUAAACUUUCAAAUCGAUUUUAUCCUUAUGAAGAAAUCCAAACUGAAGCCGUUUUAAGCAUUGAUGAUGAUAUUGUUAUGUUGACAGCUGAUGAAUUGGAGUUUGGUUAUGAAGUUUGGCGAGAAUUUCCUGAUAGAUUAAUCGGUUACCCAUCGCGAACUCACAUUUGGGAUAACACCACGUUAUCGUGGAAAUACGAAUCCGAAUGGACUAAUGAAAUAUCGAUGGUGUUAACUGGAGCCGCUUUUUUACAUAAAUAUUGGCAUUAUUUAUACACGACUUCGAUGCCUUCUGAAGUUAAAGAUUGGGUUGACGAUCAUAUGAAUUGUGAGGAUAUCGCAAUGAAUUUUUUGGUGGCUAAUGUUACAAAUAAACCUCCUAUUAAGGUGGCGCCGAGGAAAAAAUUUAAAUGCCCCGAAUGUGUUAAUAACGAGAUGUUAUCAGCCGAUUUAGGACACAUGAUCGAACGUUCAAAAUGCGUCGAUCGAUUUGCGAAAGCUUUUGGACGAAUGCCGUUAAAAUCGGUGGAAUUUCGCGCGGAUCCGGUGCUUUAUAAAGAUCCGUUUCCUGAGAAACUUAAAAGAUUUAAUGAUAUCGGAAGUUUGUAAUUUUUUUUUAUAUUUUAAUAUUUGUGGAAUUAUUUAUUUGUGCCAUUGUUUUAAA